AUGGCGAAAGUGGCCUCCCUACCGCGCGCCGCAACGCGAACUCCAGAAAUCUUAAAGCUCUCGUUUCCACUGAUAUUUGCUCCUUUGGCCUCUAUCAUGGAGAGCUUUGACAACAUCUACCUGGACCUCUCAAAGCAGCCUGGAAAAUGCAAGCUCGCUGACAGUGGAUUGGGAUGGCGCCCAUCGGGCGGAGGCGAUACCUUCACACUUGACAGCAGCAAUAUUGGCGCAGCACACUGGAGUCGUGCCGCGAAGGGUUUUGAGCUUAAGAUCUUGUCGCGCAACUCAGGAGUCAUCCAGCUGGAUGGAUUUGAUCAGGAGGAUUUCGAGCGCCUGAGCAAAGCGUUCAAGAUUUGGUACGGCAUUAACGUGGAGACUCGCGAGCACGCACUGCGAGGAUGGAACUGGGGUAAGACCGAAUUCACAAAGGCCGAACUCGCCUUCAAUGUUCAGAACCGCCCCGCAUUCGAAGUUCCCUACUCUGAAAUCGCAAACACAAAUUUGGCUGGACGAAACGAGGUCGCGGUGGAGUUCGCACUCCCUACUGGGGACGCAAGCGAUGCCGCCAUGAAGGCCGGAAGCACAAAGAACCGAGGCCGUAAAGCCGCAGCAGGACCUGAUGAGCUGGUUGAGAUGCGUUUCUACAUUCCCGGAACCGCCGUGAAGAAGGAGAAGGCUGAGGGCGCCGAAGGCGAGGAAGAGGAGAAUGAUGAAGAGGUCGAAGAGCAGAACGCCGCCAACCUCUUUUACGAGACACUCAUGGACAAGGCUGAGAUUGGAGAUGUUGCCGGUGACACAUUUGCUACCUUCCUCGAUGUUCUUCAUCUCACGCCCAGAGGACGAUUCGAUAUCGACAUGUACGAAUCAUCCUUCCGUUUGCGCGGAAAGACAUACGACUACAAGAUUCAAUACUCUGCUAUUAAGAAGUUCUUCCUUCUGCCCAAGAACGAUGAUACCCACACACUCAUUGUGCUUGGUCUUGACCCUCCUUUGCGCCAGGGCCAAACCCGCUAUCCUUUCCUCGUCAUGCAGUUGAAGCUGGAUGAAGAGAUCAGCCUUGAGCUGAAUAUGACCGACGACCUCAUGCAGAACCAGUACAAAGACAAGUUGCAGGCGCACUACGAAGAGCCUAUCCACCAAGUGGUUACCAAGGUUUUCCGUGGAUUGUCUGGAAAGAAGGUCAUCAUGCCUUCCAAGGACUUUGUCAGCCACCAUGGUCACCAAGGUGUCAAGUGUUCUAUCAAGGCCAACGAGGGUCUUCUGUACUUCCUGGAUAAGAGUUUGAUGUUUGUUCCCAAGCCCGCAACUUACAUCCAGAUGGAAAACAUUGCCAUGGUCACCAUGUCGCGUGUUGGAGGCGCUGUUUCCGCUAGCCGCACAUUCGACAUUACAGUUGGAUUGAAGAAUGGAUUGGGCGAACAUCAGUUCAGCAACAUCAACCGUGAGGAGCAAAAGUCCCUGGAGGACUUCUUCAAGGCCAAGAGCAUCCGUAUUAAGAACGAGAUGGCUGAAGAGGCAUCUGGCCUUAUUGCCGCGGCACUUGACAACGACGCCAUGGGAUCUAGCGACGACGAAGUCCGCCCGGACCGCGGAUCUGCGGAUGAAGAUGAGUCCUCGGUUGACGAAGACUUUGAUGCAUCAUCAGACUCGGACGUGGCAGAAGAAUUUGACUCAGACCACGAGAGUAGCGGUGGCAGUGAUGAGGAAAUGCCCGAUGCUUCUGGCGGCGAGGAUAACGAACGUCCCAAGAAGAAGACCAAGACUUCUCAAUAG